CAGAUUCUCCAAUUCGCCUCUUGGUCUCAUAAGGGUGAGGCUUUUUAGGGGAUGAUGGUUCGAAGAUGCAAAGAAGAUGAGCAUCUUGAUGGCCUAACCAGAUCCUGUCAGCCUUGCCGCCUGCAGUGUCAGAAGCCGCUUGGAGUCAGUAAAUGUGAUGUUUACUGCAAGGCUGCACUCUGUACGGCUAAGCCUGGUCACUACUACGACCGACUGGUCAGGAGAUGUAUAAAGUGUGCAGAGAUCUGUGGUAAACAUCCAGCUGAGUGCAACCCACACUGUCCCACUCCGUCACUUCCUGUGCCGACCAAAGGGCUUCACUUUAACGUUAAUGAACACGGUGUAAGCAACAGCCGACCUGUGGGACUGCUGCAGCACACCACCCUGCUGUACUCACUCCUGGCUGUGUGCACAGUGCUGAUACUUUCCAGUCUGUGUCUUGCCUUGGUUGUGUUUCUGAGGAGAGGAAAGGCCAAAAAGAAAAACUCCAAUCACAUGAGUACCAGAGACCAAAUUCAGGAGUAUGCUGUUCAGCCAGGACAGGAGUCUGCUUUCCCAGGACGUCAGGCUGGGAGAAGCCCCAACGAUUUUCAACCAAGCUCAAAUCAUCUCAUCUACCGUGAGCCAUCAGAGGACUCCUACCCAACAGAGACCUGUGUGUGCGUACACUGCUUCCCUGAUCUGAGGGGUCUUGGCCAGGACAACAACGGGCUGCAGAAAGCACCACACGCCUACCACCAGGGCAUCCUUCACAAAGCCCACAUCCAAAACAGGGGCUCCCUGUGGCCCAAGGGAAGCCAGUGCAACUCAGCUCUGCAGAAGGCAGCAGUGGGAUGAAGUCUGUCUGCUAAACUAAAUGAGGAGGAAUUCAGUCUUGGAUGGCAGAGUUAGCCAAUAAAAAACAAAGUUCCCUGAUAAAGGAACGUUUUUUUUUUAAUAUAAAAUGCAGAACUUUGAGUUUAGCUGUAAUAUUUUAAAGCAAAGAAGUAGCUGCUUUGCAGCAGACAUAUAAAACAAACUUCAGUUUUACCUCAAAAGAACUGAUUCUGACAUUUUGGUUGAGUAAUUUCUCUAUGACGAUACUUAAAUUCAUGAGAGCAGGUUUGCAUAGGGACCAUAGGGACAAGUCCCUACCAAAACUUUUGACGGACCUACCUGUCCCUACCGACAAUUAGAUGUGAAUACCAUGUUUAUAAUUUACAAUACAGCGUUGUUACAGCAGUAGAGGAGUUCUGGAAUGGAGAAUAUUGACAGACGAAAACAUGUUUUAUCU